CCCCAGCUCGGCAAUGCGGUGAACGCUAGCGGGGAUGUGAACGGCUCAAUCACCGCCUCCGCUGCCUCUAAUGAUCAGGCUGACAUGAUCUUUGACGAGCUCUGUGCUCCACGCAGCCUAGGCUCGAUCGAUCCCGAGACCGGCCUCUGCUCCAACUUCGGUUAUCUCCUCACCAAGACUUGUCUGAUGCCCAGAGACCCCAGCAUAAUGGGCUCCAUCGUUUCGGCCUUUAAGCGAGCCCAAGACUGUCCGCCACGAGACCGCCUUCUUCGUCUCCGUUCGCUGUUUGCUGCCUCUACCAGUACUCUCAGUUACGGCGAGUGGAAGGGCGCCUACUCUGACACCUCUAAGGUACGCUUUUUCACCUUUGAACCUCUUCUCUCCCCUUGCCGUCAUCCUGGCUUUGCUUGUUUCGGCCACUACUGCCGCACUUGUUGA